AUGCAGUUGUCACAACAGAUGACCGCCUCGCAGCAGUCUCAUCAGUACCCCCAGCCCUCCUCCCAGCAGCCCUUCUCCAUGAGCCAACCCUCCUCCCAGACUCUCAACUUGCAGUCUUCCUAUCGCCAGUACACCGACCCAGCACCACAGCCCGCUGAGCAUGUUAUGCCUAUAUACUCGGCUCUCUACUCGGGUGUUGGUGUCUACGAAACCGAAGCCAAUGGCAUAACCGUCAUGCGCCGCCAGAGUGAUGGCUGGCUCAAUGCGACACAAAUCCUAAAGGUGGCAGGGGUGGAAAAGGGACGCCGGACAAAAAUCUUGGAAAAGGAGAUCCAGACGGGCGAGCAUGAAAAGGUUCAGGGUGGCUACGGGAAAUACCAGGGCACAUGGAUCCCUUUUGAACGCGGUCUCGAGGUUUGCCGUCAGUAUGGCGUCCAUGAGGUGCUCCAUGCACUUCUCACCCACAAGCGGGGCCAAGAUGGAGGAAGCGCCCCCGAUGUCGACACGCCAACAAAAGAACAGGCCAUGGCUGCCCAGAGGAAGCGUCUGUACAACGCAAGCUCUCAGGAGAGCCGCGGAGGUGGUGUUCAACAGGGUGGCACAUUCUUCAAGAGCAUUUCGUCGACCGCAUCCCAUGCUAUCAAUGCUAUUAGCAAAGCCAGGUUCGAGUCGCCCGCUCCCAGAAAUCGCAACCCUCCGUCUCGCGCUCCCAGCUUCCAACGCCAGCCGUCCAUGCAAGAUGCUGGUGACUUCCCACCAAACUCCCAGCACAGUUUUGUGUCCAACUAUGGGGCCCCCGAAUCCGCCUUUGGUUCUCAAGAGACACAGCCGGUGGUCAACGAGACGGUCGAGCCUGCGCGCAAGAGGCAAAGAAUUCUCACACCCGCUCACAGCUUUGGAGGGCUCACCCCGACCUAUCCAAGUAUGAACCCCUACGCCGAGAACUUUCCCGGGUCACCCACCGAGCCGAACGAGUCGUUCAUCUAUUCCCGGAACGAGCCGGAGUAUGCUCCUGGUCCGCUGCGUCCGCUGCCAUACGAAACAGCUCCCGAGGCCGAGGCGAAACGCAGCAUGCUGAUGCAGCUGUUCCUCAACACGGCCGGCCCUGACGAAAACCAAAAGAGCAUCCUCCGCAACAUGAUCCCGCAAGAACUUGACGGUCCCAUUGAUGCUCAGAGCAACACAGCCCUCAUCUGGGCUGCCACUCUUGCCCGGAUGCCACUCUUGAGAGCCCUCGUGGAGGCGGGAUCUAGUCCAUUCCGUGUGAACGCAUCCGGAGAAACGGCCCUGAUGAGGGCUUGUAAUGCCACCAAUUCCAUGGAACACGGGUGCUUCCCCGAUCUUCUGGACAUUCUGGGCGGUACCCUGGAUGUGAGAGAUGACAAGGGCAGGACGGUGCUGCAUCACAUUGCCCUCGUCAGUGCGGUACAAGGUAGGAAUGUAUGCACCCGGUACUAUCUUGAGAGCUUACUUGAGUGGGUGGUCCGCCAAGGGAGCAAUCCAAGCAGUCAGAGCCAGACUUAUGGAAGCAACGGGCUUGCCUCGUCAAGAAUGAACAUUGGUCGGUUCAUGGGAGAGAUUGUCAACGCACAAGACAACCGAGGUGACACGGCCCUGAACGUGGCAGCACGUGUGGGCAACCGAAGCAUCAUCUCACAACUCAUCGAGGUUGGCGCAGACCCUGAAAUCGCCAAUACCGCCGGUUUACGUCCCUUGGAUUUUGGCAUUGGGCUGGCAGAUGGACACUCUGCCAGUGGCGAGACCGGGGAGAGAAACGCUCCUCAGGGGUCGAGACAGAAGAGCAGGGAGAAUAGCGAUGAGGUUGUCAACUCCAUCUCUCAUCUUAUCAACGAGUCAACCUCUCAGUUCCAGGGCGAACUCAAGAAGAAGCAAGACGCUAUCGACGCGCUUCACGGAUCUUUGCGCACAACCUCGGCCCAGGUUGGCGAGGCUCGCCGCAACCUAGAAGCUCUUCAAGAGAAGCUUACUGCCCAGCAGCUCGCCCGUCAAAAAGCCUCCAACCUUGCGCUGGCCUGUGAGGAGGAGGAAAUGGGACUUCGUCAACUCGUACAGCAACACCGUGUCUCCGUCGACAAUCUUGGGCCUGAGCAGGACUGGGCCGCCGAACUCAGGGCGGUUCUCACCGAAGCAAAGCAGCAAGCAGCCGACGACACCGGAGUGGACGGCCACCUCGCCGCCGACGCGGACAAGCCACAUCCCGCUGCUCGUCUCCCUAGUGCCGCCGUGUUGCGUGCCAGAAUCAGGGCGGUUCACGCCAGAGGGGAGCAGACACGACACAUGGUUGGUAGACUGAAAGCACGGAGCAAGCAGCGGGAGCUGCAGUACCGGAAACUUGUCUCACUCUGCACACGCCGGCCAGAGGCAGAAGUCGACCGGCUGCUUGAAACUUUGACGAAAGCCGUCGAGUCGGAGAAGGGCGAGCUUGAACUUGGAAGAGUCAGGAGAUUUCUUGGCGGGGUUGAGGGUGUCGUUGCUUGA